AUGGCAAAAAACCGGUGGGGGGAGGGGAGUCGACGGGGAGGGACUGAGCGAACUGAGUCAACCGGCGGAGGUAAGAAGGGCGGAUAUCCCUGCAUGUGCCUAACGCCGCCGCCGCAGCAGAGCAGAGAUCCGACUGUCAGACUGAGCUGCAAAUGGCGGGGUGACCGACCUGAAGAGCCUCCCCCUCCUAUCGCUGAAAGCUGUCCCCCAGCUGACGAGAGCGCUCUGCGUUCAGGUAUGGGAGCCUUACCGCAUCUUCUCCCGGUGGCUGCCCCGGCCGGUCUCUAUUUUUGCCUGACUGCGCCACACAUCGGAUUCGAGGCCCUCGAGGUAUUUUUUUCAUCGUCUUCCAUAAUCAGGUUCCCUUGUCGGCUGUGCAACCUGACCCUGGCCAUAUGGCAGCAGCUGCCUUUGUUGUGUUCUGAAUAUGGCAACCUGCUUGCCUUGAUCAUGAUCAAGCGAACUGUAUUCCGGGCAAUGGCUUCUACGGAUCAAUGGUGGCCAUGCAUACGACAUGUCUGUAUCUUGGAGAGCCGUCCUGGUCGACUUACCUGGCCGACGAAGUGUGGGUUCACCAAGAGUCUUGAUCUCAUCGAACAUGCUCAUCGGCCCACAACCCGCCCCGUCCUCCACCGAAAGACCCGAUCUGGCAACCGCCAUAGCCAAGCUUUCCACUUCAUCUUCAUAACACUGCCGGGCACUGAUUCCCCCGAACACGGCCGCCGGCAUCCUUGCAACGACGCCGAUCUCUACACGUGGUGA